CCCUGGAGCGCCGAGUGCUUACUUCCAGGGCUGGAAAUCCGCAGGGAUCUUCCACGCUGACUUUCUCGUCCCUGUGCCCCCGAACCCGAUUGGACGUGACCGGCUAAGAAGAGGAAGUUUCAGAGGGAAAGAAAAACCCAGCCGAGUUUCCUCCCUAGGAGGAACCCUCCCGUGGGCCUCUCCGUGUGAGAGCCUCAGACCCAGCAUCGAAAAUCGUACCCAGGAAGAAUCACCAUGGUGAGGAACGUGGACGACCUGGAUUUCUGCCUCGCGACCCACUCCCGGGACAUUCUGGAAGGACUGCAGGGCCUGCGGGCCAAUCCCAAGCUGUCCGACGUCACGCUGCUCGUCGGGGGCCGGGAGUUCCCGUGCCACCGCAGCGUCCUGGCCCUCUGCAGCCCCUACUUCCACGCCAUGUUUGCCGGGGACUUCGUGGAGAGCAUCUCGGCCCGGGUGGAGAUCAAGGACGUGGACGCCGCGGUCAUGGGCGAGCUCCUGGACUUCGCCUACACGGGCAAACUCACCAUCAACCAGGGGAACGUGGAGGGGCUGAUCCGCACCGCCAGCCUACUCCAGUUCCCCACCGUGCUCAAAGUGGGCUGCCGCUAUCUGCAGCAGCAGGUGGAUGCCACCAACUGCCUGGGCAUCUGUGAGUUUGGAGAGCUGCACGGCUGCCCGGAGGUGUCCUCGAAGGCUCGGGCCUUCCUGCAGGAAAACUUCGAGGCCGUGGCUCAGGAGGAGGAGUUCCUUCUGCUGCCCAAGGAGAGGCUGGCCCUCUGCCUCGCCGAUGACCUGCUGCAAGUACGGGAGGAGCAGAGCCCGGUGGAGGCCGUGCUCAGAUGGGUGAGGUACCAAGAGGGGGCCCGGGCCCGCCACCUUCCCGAGCUCCUCGGCCGGCUCCACCUGGUCUCGCUUCCCGAUCAGUUCCUCCAGGACCUUCUCUCGUCGGAGCCGCUGAUCCGGGAAUCGGAGGCGUGCCAGUCGCUCAUCUCCCGAUCCCGCAGCAUGGACUGCAUUUUCCAUCCUGGAGAUUUGGGGAAUUGUCCGGCGAUAGAAUUCCCAGGAACUCACAAGAAGGAGAACAAAUUCUUCAUUCAGCAGACCCUACUGGCCCUCCCCCAGAAACUGGAGGAGGUACUGGUGGUGGUAGGUGGGAGAGCCCUGGAGGAGGCGGAGGAUGAGGAAAACAGUGAGGAACCCCCUACUGUCUCCAGAAACUUCGCUUUCUAUAAUGCCAAGUCCAAACGUUGGACGGCCCUUCCUGACUUUCCCGAUUACCAUAAGUGGGGCUUUUCUCUGGUGGCUUUGAACAAUGAUAUCUAUGUCACAGGAGGAUCCCGAGGCACACAGGUGGACACUUGGUCCACUACCCAGUCUUGGUGCUUUCACCUGAAAAAAGGCAUCUGGAAACCUACAGCGCCCAUGCUGAAACCCCGCACCAAUCACGCCAGCACGGUCCUCAAUGGAGAGAUCUAUGCCCUGGGCGGGACCACCAUGGACAUUGUGGAGGUGGAGAGUUAUGACCCCUAUAACGAUUGCUGGUCUCUUAUCUCUCCGGCCUUGAGGUACGUUAGCAACUUCUCAGCCGUCGGAUGUCAAGGGAAGCUCUACCUCAUCGGCUCUUGUGCGUGCAAAUACAACGCCCUGACCCUACAGUGCUAUAACCCAGUUAUAGAUGUGUGGAGUGUCAUUGCAUCUCCCUUCAUCCCAAAGUACCUGUCCUCUCCUCGCUGUGCCUCCCUGCAUGGUGCGAUCUACCUCAUUGGGGACAACACCAAAAAAGUCUACGUCUAUGACCCAGAUGCCAAUCUGUGGCAGAAAGUGCAGUUACUCCACAGUCUACACGAGAACGGAGGAAUGGUGUCACUAGGAGGCAAGCUGUACGUGACAGGAGGCCGCUGGCAGGGCAUGGACGGCGACUACCGGGUGGAGAUGGAGGUUUACGACUGCAGCAAGGACGUCUGGACUAGGGAAGGGGCGCUGCCUUGCCUCUGGCUCUACCACAGCUCUUCCUCCAUUUUCAUGGAUGUUUCAAAGUGGACAGAACCCUUCGUAGGGACCCGUGACCACUGAGCGAGUCCAGCGCCGAGCCCUGGACCACAGGGGGUGUUGGCGUGUCUUUGCACUCUGUUUCCCUCCAUUGCGUUUGAGCUUCACGUUAUGCCGGAACCCUCGGCGGGAGAUUCGCAGACCAUCAGUGAGGCUGGUCCCAUGUAUCUUUGCCUCCAGUGGGCUGAAAAUGGGCAGAAAGUUCAACCUGCGAAGACCCUGACUAAAAUGAUAAAUCAUUCUCCGGGGCAGAGUUUGAGGAUUUUCCUAGAGAGCUAGCAUGAACACAAAUGGGUCCCCAGGAAGAAGGGGACAGAUUUUGUCGUGUAAGA